UCGAUUCAUUGAACAGAAAAAGCAGAGAAGUGAGGAAGCGCAUCGCUCCAUCGAAAAGCUUGUCCCGCUUUUUACGGUAAUUCAGUGGCAGAAGUUUUUCUCCGGUAUUCGGAAGACUAUACAAGUAUCAUUCCGCAGAAUUUGACAUAAAAACUAACUGAAGUAACAAUGGUUGCGCCGAAGAAAACGUAUAGCGUAGGGGAUUUGGUGUUUGCCAAGGUGAAAGGUUAUCCGCCCUGGCCAGCAAAGAUCUUGAAAUUCGAGAAGAAAAAGUACAAUGUCUACUUUUACGGAACAGGAGAAACCGCAAAUGUCAAAAUGGAAGAUGUCUUUGAUUACAGCAACAGCAAGGAUAAAUAUGCCACGGAGAAGAUAAUGAAAAGAAAGGGAUUCAAAGAAGCUAUUAUACAGAUUGAAUCCGCUUUGAGUGGCGAUGAUCCCAGUCCUAUUUUGAUAGCGCCUUCAACAUCCGACGAAACAGACAAUUCCCAAGUUGAUGAUUCGAUAAAUACGACAGAGGCAACCUUCAAUGCAUCCCGAAUAUCGGCUAACUCAACCGUCAUGGAUGCCAGUACAAAAUCCGAAAAGGAAGACACUCCUAACGGAGAUGAGUCGAUCAAUAAAUCUGUCAAGGGAGAAGAUAAAAAACCAAUAAAGAAGGAAAGUAUAGCCAGUAGUGGUGGCUCUUCUACGCCGGUGGAACCCAAAAAGAAUCCUGCGGUGUCCAGCACCAACGCUCCGCUUAAAGACGAAAAGCCAACUGCUAGUCCCGUUAAGGAACAAACCGAGGUGGUUAGCAGGAGUGGGCGUAAGAUCAAACCGAAGCGUUUCCUCGAUGGCGAGGAAGAAGAACCAGCGGUAGCGCCCUCACCAGCCAAGAAAAGGGCACCGGCGACUAAAGAGAAGGUGGUUUCUACAGUUGCGGCGUCACCCAAAAAAGCAAAUCCUUUCGAUAAAAUUGAGAGCGAACGUGUCUACUUCCUAAAACUGGAACGCGAACUUGUAGAGUUGAACUGGGAGAUCAAGUCAUGCGUGGGACUUGCUUGUGCGAAUCCGGAGAAAUGCGUAGAGCUAAUGGAACAGUACCAGAAGUUAAAGGUUACCCCAACCAUGUUGAAAAAGAAUCCCAACUGUGUGGAAACCAUGAAGCGGUUACGGAAGUAUGUUGGCAAUACUAAAGCAUGGAAUAUGCCAGAUGAGGAGCGGAUCAAGUUUGAUUUCUACGCACAGCAGAUCCGAAAUAAGGCCGAACAAAUUUACAAUCAGUUCAAGAACAUGUUUCCGGUUUCCGAGGGAGCUUCUUCCUUCUGGGAGAUUUUCUGCGAAGAAUUGAGCAAGUUCGAACAAGUCACGAGAAAUUUGAGCCAAGAAGAACUUUUCCUCCUGGUGGAUGAAGCAGAUAUAAAGAAUAACCCUGAAAUGACCGGCGAAGAAAAUGGUACGGUUGUUAAAGACGAAGAAAUCAAGAGUGAGUCUACGGAAGGAACCAAGGAAGAGAGUCAAUCAGAUACUAAUAGUGAACCGGUCGCGACAUAAUUCAUAGACAAAAUAACUGUAAAAUCUGAUCUUACACAAUUCGUUUCAAGGCGAAGCGUUACUUUAUUUUAAUUCAUAAAUUUCUAGUUUGCAUAAUUUGAAGAACUGUUGAACAAAAACGCUGCGAUGCGAUAUACUGGUUGAUUCGUUUGAUAGACUAUCACAUAAUGAUAGACGCUGGAGUGUGUUAAGUUCAACCAAAUUUAUCAAAUUAUAAUACAUGGUGUAUUAUUUUUAAUAUUUUGAAGCAACUAUAUUUUUGAAAACAUACAUCUGACUAGUUCUUCGAUAAUUUCAAGCGUUGAUUAUUGUAGGAAACCAGAGCACAACACAAAAGUAUGUGUUGUGAUUAAUUGAUAGGAAAAAUUGUAAUAAAUUCCCCACUUCGAGGCAAUAGAAAUCGUA